ACUGUCUCUCGUGACAACACUGAGUCGGACAUUACGGCAGAAUAAAAGCGCACGGUCCAAGUUUAUCGUCAAAUCCCUGCUCUGGUCCAGCAUCACCACGUUAUUCUGCACGGUAACAAGACCAAAUCCUGCCCGGCAACACAGCAUAACUCGGAAGGGUGGUCUCCAUCCGUAUGUAGUCUUGCCAACUGCGCUUCACACGCUGCUGAACAGUCUUUGAACAUCUACCUCAGCAGGGAUGGCGGAAGCUGCCCCAAAGUUUGAAGAAGUCCUCGAUGUCAUUGGGCAUAUCGGGGUUAUGCAAUGGAUCCUAAUAGCAUUUAGCAUCAUCCAAGAAACAUCUAUCGCGCUUUCGAUUUACUUUCUCAUCUUUGCGGAGAGUAACAACCCGACGUGGAGCUGUGAUCCAGUCAAUCGGACAUUCGGAGUUGAGGGUCUGAACAGGACUGACCAGUGUCCUACGGAAGGGGUAUACUGCACGAAUAUCACCUACGAUGCGGGCUUUACCUCAAUUGUUACAGAGUGGAACCUCAUCUGUGAGCGCUACUACAUGGGCAAAAUGACUGUCAGCCUGUUCUUCCUGGGCUUGACUAUGGGCACGCUGGUGUCAGGCCAGCUUGCAGACCUGUUCGGGCGCAGGAUGGUCAUCCUGGCUACGUGGGCGCUGGUUAUGGUCACACAGACCUGCCUAGGGUUCAUGCCAACCUUUGAGUCGUAUCUAGCCGUACGGAUGAUCAAUGGAUUGAGCGCAGGUAGUUUGGCGGUCGUAUCGUCCAUCCUGCCCAUGGAGUACGUGGGCUCCAAGUGGCGUGUGGCGGUCAGCCUGCGGAUGGGAUGGAGGAUCGGGUAUUUCAUCACCAUCGGCCUCGCCUACGGAAUCAGGAAGUGGCAGCAUCUAUCCUUCGCCUGCGGGUUGUUCUGUGUACCUUUUUUCCCGUUCGCUUGGUUUUUUAUGCCGGAGAGCGCCCGCUGGUCCAUCCAGCGAGGACGGUUUGACGAAGCGAUGUAUUGGAUUGGAAUGAUAGCUAAAGCGAAUAGGAAGCCUAGCCCUGAUGUGUCUCUGCUGAAGAGGAUAGCGCACGUGGAAGGGGAGGUAGCCGCCAAGGCGAAGAAAUACACAUAUGUGGCACUGUUUCGGACCAAGAAGUAUGCAGUGCGAACUCUCGUUAUUAUGUUCGCUUGGAUGUCUCUCUCGUUGGCGGAGAAUGGCUUGUUGACAAUGACGAGUGGCCUAACAGGGACUGUAUACACCAACAUGGCGGUGACGGGCACAUUCAACUUCUUCAGUCGUCUGACCGCCUUCUUCGUUCUGAACUUGACAUGGAUUGGUCGCAAACGGGGCUUCGCGAUCUAUUUCUCUUUCGCUGUCGUCUGCAACUUCGCCAUCAUGAUCUUGGACCUGACAGGCUACCUCAAGGACAACCCUAUGGUGACCACGUGGUUGGUGAUCACAGCAUUCGGAGGUAUGUCAGGAGCCUGGAGCAGUGCUUUCAUCUUCUGUUCGGAGUUGUAUCCUACUCUAAUCAGGAGCCUCGCAACAAGCAAUGCAAAUUUCACCAAUCGACUUGCUGGAGUCCUCGCGCCUCAAAUUGUGCUACUGGGUAUUCUCUACCCACCAGCAUCUUUCGUCAUAUUUGGAUCAUUCGCUACGAUCAGCAUCGUCCUCGUUAUGAUCUUCAUACCGGAAACACUAAACAAACCACUUCCGGAGGAGGUACCGUCUGGGAAGAGACAACAGGACGCAGAAGAGAUGAAGACAGUUGAGGCGACGGACCUGAUGGAGAAAACCUCUGAAGAAAGGGGCGAUAGCUGCUAAAGGGAGAUGAUGGUUUCGGCUGCCUCAGAUGUGUUUGCGCAAAACGACUGAGAUCCUCUCCACCCACUUUUCUUCCGUCCCUUGUUUGGGGCAACUCGCUUGCGCAGUUUGCUUGGUAAAAGAUAUAGCAUUACUUUCGCCCAGCGCACGGAGUUACUGCGCAUCCCCGUGCGCGAGACUUCCAAGAGGUAAUCCCAGUGUCUAUUGCCUGGGUCAUUUCGCUUUGACGCGCAGUCACCGGUCAAAGCAGCAACCAGACUGACUUACUUCACCGCUAGAAUUCUGGACAAUUUCACAAUCUCUCCAAUCGCAAAGAUUCUGUGGCACCGUGUGACAGAGCAGUGUGUGGAGGUUGGCCUCAGCAUCUGAGAAGAUUUAUGGACUCUGUCCAUGAGUUCAUGGCGUGCAGGUGCACUGGACAGUCACACAUGCCGUCACGAAUGCUAUAGAGAGUCAGUGGAGAAGUGAUCUAUUUGUUCGUAGUGCAUUACUAUACGCGCCCAAUAAAUGAACAUGACAAACACCUAUUACAAUCAGGCCUAGACCUAUGUCAAUUUCAAAGCAGAUUGAUCACAAUAAUUUCUCAUUCUCCCGCUGGAGAAGGGAAAUGAGCUCCAAUAUUCCAGAGACAGUGAAGUAUAAGAUCACAGAUGAACCAAUCGGCCAAACAUGCUGUAAUCACUGUCCCCUCUUCAAGUCGAUGGCCAAUUAUCCAACUAAUCUAUUCCGUGUGUUUCCCAUCUUGAAUUUUACAUUAACAUCGACCCACCAAGGCCGGCGUUACAUAGGAUUCACGUUGUCACUUGUCAUGUUUCACUUGUCACGAGUUAACUGACUUAGGCUUGAAAACACGACGUAAGAGUAAAAAGUGACCUCGUGAAUCGUAUGUAGCCCGCUCUUUGGAAAUGACUUGUUCAUUCUUCAUCUCACGCAUGAAAACGUGACACGCCGCAUGUAAAAACGUGAACUCUUGAAAUCGCAGCCUUAAAGGGAACAUUUGGUAUAAUGAUGUGCACAAACCUUUUGGACAGGUACCACUGUGCUCAUCUCUUGUCAGAAAUAGUUCCAAGUUGUGACUGUUAAUGAUAGUCGGUUAUCCUAUGAUAGAAGACCUGCACCUUAUUAUUCAAAACAAGUUGUUGAUAACAACUCACUAACGCUAGCGUUUAUUUAACUUGGCAUUAUCGUCUCCUAUUGUAAGUCACUAAAGUGACGAUAUUUGGAGUGUUAUAAUACAGUAUCCUGACCUAAAGUGACGAUAUUUGGAGUGUUAUAAUACAGUAUCCUGACCUAAAGUGACGA